UGGGGCCACAGUCCAGCGGCCUUCGAGGGCUGUGUCAGACUGCCCCGCCGCCAUGGCGUCCUAUUUCGAUGAGCACGACUGCGAGCCGCUGGAUUCCGAGCAGGAGGCCCGAACCAGUAUGUUGCUGGAGCUCGCAAGGUCACUUUUCAAUAGGAUGGACUUUGAAGACUUGGGGUUGGUAGUAGAUUGGGAUCAUCAUCUGCCUCCACCUGCUGCCAAGGCUGUGGUUGAGAACCUUCCCAGGACAGUCAUCAGGAGCUCUCAGGCUGAGCUCAAGUGCCCCGUGUGUCUUUUGGAAUUUGAGGAGGAGGAGACUGCCAUUGAGAUGCCUUGCCGUCACCUCUUCCAUUCCAACUGCAUUCUACCCUGGCUAAGCAAGACAAAUUCCUGCCCCCUGUGCCGCCAUGAGCUGCCCACUGAUGAUGACGCUUAUGAGGAGCACAGACGAGAUAAGGCUCGCAAGCAGCAGCAAAAGCACCGGCUUGAGAACCUCCAUGGAGCCAUGUACACAUGAGGUGCCUGGGGUUGAGCACUCGUCCUCCACAAUAUCUUCCUCCUGCACCUUGAAUCCUCAUUAAAGAUUUCUUUACCCACCCUGCA